AGAAAAAAAACCUCCCCGUGCAUCGGAAUGGUAAAACGAGAAUGUGCAUGGAGGACACUGGGUACGGUGUGGAGUAGUUGAAGUUGAUGAAGAGAUUGCCGGCUCUAAAACAUCCAUAUUUAAACUUGUGCCUCGUGAAUUAAAGUGUAAAUAGGUCUCCAUUAGUCCUGGGGCAGGUCAGACUCACUGAUGGAAACAGAGAAGAGGAAAAGAGGGAAAUCUCUUCGCUCAGACAGAAGCGCCAUGCACUGGCGGGGCAACAUUUAACGCUUCUUUUUUCUCUCUUUUUUCUCGGGUGAAAUGUAGUUUAAUCAUCGUGUGAUGGAUCAUGUAGUAAGUGUUUGCGCUUGCAUGUAGAAUGAUAUUGUGUCCGAUAUGUCUAAUGUGACGCCGAGUAAAAACGUGGAAUGGCUGCAACUCGAGUUAGUGUCCGGAGGCACUUCUCUGCUCCUGCUGGACUGCCGUUCACAUGAGCUUUAUGAAUCAUCCCACAUAGAGACCGCCAUAAACCUGGUCAUACCGGGGCUGAUGCUGCGGAGGUUUAAAAAGGGCAACAUACCUAUCCGGACUAUUAUCCCCAACCAUGAGGAUAAAGAGAAGUUCAUAAGACGGUGCAAGACGGACACGGUCGUCCUUUACGAUGAGUGCACCUUGGACUGGCAGGACAGCGGAGCUCCGACGUCGGUUUUGGGUCUACUUCUUCAAAAACUCUGGGAGGACGGCUGCAAAGCGUAUUACUUGGAAGGUGGAUUUGUAAAGUUCCACACAGAGUACCCAGAACACUGUGAGACCCUCAUUGACAGCUCCUGUCCCAGUUCCUCUCCUCCGCUCUCCGUCCUGGGCUUUGGAAAUCUGCGGAUCAGCUCAGACUGUUCAGAUGGGGAGUCUGACCGAGAGCCUAGCAGCGCCACCGAGUCUGAGGAGAGCCCCAUCCCCAGCAAUCAGCCUGCCUUCCCUGUCCAGAUCCUGCCCUACCUUUACCUGGGCUGCGCCAAAGACUCCACUAACCUAGACGUGCUGGGCCAGUACAACAUAAAGUACAUCCUGAACGUCACACCCAAUCUCCCCAACAUGUUUGAGCAUGACGGCCACUUCAGGUACAAACAGAUUCCCAUUUCGGACCACUGGAGUCAGAACCUGUCCCAGUUCUUCCCAGAGGCCAUAUCAUUUAUAGAUGAGGCUCGAUCAAAGCAGUGUGGCAUCCUGGUCCACUGCUUGGCCGGCAUCAGUCGCUCAGUCACAGUCACCGUGGCCUACCUGAUGCAGAGACUCAACCUUUCUCUCAACGACGCUUAUGACUUCGUCAAGAGGAAGAAGUCCAACAUUUCCCCGAACUUCAACUUCAUGGGUCAGCUUCUGGACUUUGAGAGGACGCUGGGGCUUCACAGUCCCUGUGACAACCGCUCUACCAGCGAGGAACAGCUCUUCUUCACCACACCAACCAAUCACAACGUCUUCCAGCUGGACACACUGGAGUCAACAUGAGGAUCAAUCAGAAAGCUUUUUUGUUUCGUUUUUUUUUUUUUUUUUUUUUUUUUUGUCGUUGUUGUUUCCUGUGGUGUCUGAGGUUUUCUGAACCUGUCAGAUGCCUAAUUAGCUGACACAGGCAGUAAGUCAUUUACACAAUUUCUGCACCAAAAGGAACUAUAGUGAUUUGUUAAAGGAACAGCGCCCAUAUGCAGAGAACAUGCUCCAUUAGAUCAAGUCUCAAUGCCUUAAUAUCUAACACAAGGAUGAAUUUUGCUAUCCACCAACACAUGGCAUUAAUGAAUGGUCAUGUACAGCCACAAUAGCAGGACAUUUCAUAACUUUUCUAUUAAAUCUAGGAUUGUUGUUUGACUGUUACUUGUUAUUCACCAGCUGUAAAGUGGAUGUUAAUGUAUUUCUUUGUAUUAGUCAUGAUUAUUGCCUUGAUGGUAUAAAAGGAGUCUCUUUUGCCAAUCAGAAUGUUUUCUGUGGACCAAUCUGAGAUGUUACAAUGGUACUUUAGCAGAGGAAAAUAAGCUACUACAGUGAUCCGGCUUUGAAUUAUCAUCCAGUUUAAUGACUGUUUGUGGUUCUCUUGCAGAAGAAUGAGGUGACCAUUGAGUGCAGCUUUUCUUUUGCUUUUAGUCAGAAUACCAUAACUAAUAUCUUGUAAACACUGGGGUGUUAGGUAAGUGGCCACAUGUUGCAUAAUAUCAAAUUCUACAGAAACCCUCCUGUACAUUCCAUUGCCUAUAACUGCAUUAUUUGCAUGUGAUUAUGUUCUACCAAGGACAUUGCUUUGUAACAUUUAGGUCAUAUUGCCUAUUAUUGUUGAGGCCUUGACCGUACCUUAAAAUGAAACUGAACUAGAUGACGAGGUGUAGUGUAUAGGAGUGAUAUUUGGCCACCAGUGAAAGAACAACAUGUAAGUAAUGAGUGUGUAAAGGAAUGGAUGUCCACCUUAUUAUUUUACUCUUGACAGUCUUCAGCCUGCAGCUACUUCCUUCCGUGGCACAAUAAUGUUUUAAGGGAAAUGCGAUGUGUAAUUAGCUGUUCUCUAUUGCCAGUCUCGUCUCAGAACAAAUGAGUGAGUUCAAUGUAUGAAGAGGGCAUGAAAGGAAACGAGUUUGACUAAUGUGUUCUUACCUCACAGAGAGACAUUUUCAGGGAUUUUUAUACAAGGCAUCUGUAGCUCGUCAUGGCCUCUUAAAGUGCAUCUAAGGGCUGUUUUGUUUGGUAUGUUUGUAAAGAUGUACAUAAAAAUGUGGUUGUUAUAGGGACAUUUUCUCAAAAUCAUGAAGAAUGCGAAAGUGAUCCUAUUUUGACCCUCAUGUAAAGUAUAUGUAAAACUAAAUGUCCAAGACAUUCUGUACAAGUUUAUACAACAAAUAUAUUGUAUAUUUUUACUUGAA